GCUUUAACAUGUUCUAUCAGCUGAUACGUGUAUUGUGCUUCGUAGGCUCUUGGCGUUUGGGAGUGAUCAAUGCAAAUUUUCAAUACAAUUUCGAGCACUUUCCGGUUUUGCAAAACGAAACCGCGAACUUUUCGCGUGGCAUCAGCGAGCUCAAUGAGCGUAUACAAACCGAGCGUGCAUUCGUUAGUUACUUUCUGCUAAGAAAGCAUCCAGCUGAUUGCGUCGAUGAACAGUUACCGACAAAUUUCGACUUGCCAUUCAUGCAGCUGAACGAGAGUGAACGUUCGUACGUACGAGGUACUGGCAAUAGCUUCUUAUUGGCAAUAUUAUGUCUUCGACAACUCAACGAUAAAGAUUUCGUGUUGAAAUUCUCUGCGGAUUUGCAGCACAUACGCACUAGACGCAUAUUGGUUAUACACAAUAAAAAUUUGGCGCAGAGUACACAUCCCGAUAUCGAGACGUUCUUCCGUAAUUGCAUGCAAGUGAAAUUUUUGCACGUUAUACUCGUCCAUCGCGAUUUCGCUGAGACAAACAUCUUCCACUCAUUCAAUCAAUUUCCCGACUUGCAAGUGGAGACACGUGAUCUACGUGCCACAACGCCAAUCUAUCCGAAUCGCUUGGCGGAUGUCGCCAAAAAGAAGCUGCGCGUAUUGGUCGAUCAAAUAGAGCCGAUUACCAUGUUGUACGAGAUCGGUGAUAAACUUAUUUUAGAAGGUUACAUUGGUUACUUUGUAAAGACGUUCGCUUUGCGGUACAAUUUUAAGCUAUGGGUGCCGGAGGAAUAUGAGUCCAGCAUAAAGCGUGUAAUCUCUAUUGAGGAGAUACGACAGGCGGCGCGCAAUGACUCGAUAGAUCUGGGCGCGAGCUUAUCAACACCGCAAAAGGAGGAAAACUUACAUGAGUACAUCUAUCCGGUUGAGUUUUUUCAGUGGCUAACCAUGUUGCCGGUGGAACCACACAUGGAAACAUAUUAUUUUUUCAUAUCCAUAUUCACUCCUACGACAUUAAUUGGUAUAUUUGCUAUAACCUGGUGCUUAUGCGUGGUCUAUGUUGUACAGUUGAAACUGAAGUGCCAAACUCUUCGUUGGAAUCGUCAAUUUUGUUUGCUAGUUUUAAUGCCUUGGCAUCUUGACUUACUACGCGGUUUGCUAAAUCAGUCAACCGAUAUGCGCUUGAAUUCCGCCACUCGACGCAUUAUUUUCAUACUAGUUUUUACUCUCGGUGGUGCUCUGAAUAAUUUUUUCUCCACAAAAAUGGUGAACUGGUUAACUCUGCCCCCACAGAAAAAACCAAUUAAAAGUUUUGACGAUCUUGCUGAGCGCAAUCUGCAGAUACAGAUCGCCGAACCAGAUAUAGCUGAGAUUAAGUUCUAUCGUGGUGAGCAGUUUUGGAAGAAGCAUGCUCACAACUUCAAAGUGGUGUGCACGUCUGAUGAGUUUCUUGGUAAUAUACGCAAUAUGGAUACACGUUAUGGUUAUUUGAUAGACACCUUAUCUUGGCCUAUAAUCGCACAGCGUCAAAUGUACUUUAAACAUCCGUUAUUUCGUUUAUCCGAAAGUCUUUACUACACGAAGGGCUCACUACUCAGUUUGCCGAUAAGCGAGAAUUCCAUGUACAAAGAUUUGCUGAGUGAAUUCGUCAUGCGCUCACGUGAAUCGGGCCUGUUGGGUUAUUGGUAUAGUAGAACAUUUUACACAAUGGUCUCCAUUGGCCGUUUCAAUUUUACAGAUCUCAGUACGAACCAAAUACACGAAAUAUUAACUUUGAAGGAGUUCGAGUGGGUUUGGAUCGCGUAUGCUGUUGGAGUUGGCUUCAGUGGACUCGUUUUUAUGUUAGAAUGCAUCUGGUAUUACAAAGUCUAA